GUAUCCGGGAAGCAGCAGAUAGCAGGCUGGUACUGCGAGCCAACGCUUAGAUCACUGAGCGUUGACAAGCUGCAAAUACUGUUGGGAGCUAUCACAACGAACCGGGAGGUGUGGACAGGACAAGGAGGGACGGCGUUGCACGCUCCGGAGCUGAGAGCUUACAAGCCCGAGACCUAUUCGUGGACAAGAUAUGCAAAUGAGCGAGGAUAUGCAACAUUGACACUAGAUCAUUUGGGCAACGGCAAGAGUUCCCAUCCCGAUCCGAUGAAUGUGGUGCAGUCACCAUAUGAAGUGGCUCUGUAUCAUGCGCUCGUGGAACAAAUUAAAUGUGGUCCCCUUAGCGGUAGCAGUCCCCUCCCACGGACCUUCCACCACUUGGCUUUUGUGGGACUGUCUUACGGCUCCGUGAUUGGCAACCUCAUUGCUCAAGGAUACCCAGAUGACUUCGAAGACCUUAUACUGACCGGAUUUUCAAAGUCAGUGCUGCCGUCACUGCCAGGUGUGGCAGCACAAGGAGCGAAGCCCGCGAAAGAGGUGGAUCCAGAGCGCUCCGGGAAUCUUCCAGCAGGAUACCUGAUGUCUCCGGUCGAACAGACGAGGACGAAUUCCUUUUUUGGCGAUCCGAAAGAAGUCGAUUUUGAACCCGAAAAUGCGCACCUAUUCUUUACCCGCAAAGAUGUCGUAUCUGCGGGCCAGUUCGUCAGCACGUACAUUGAUAUCGUGGAGGCACCCAUGUAUAGAGGGCGGGUUCUGAUAUUGACAGGAGAGCAAGAUCAAGCAUUCUGUGGCCCGGGCAGCUCUGCCAUCAAUCCUCAGCCUAGUUGUGGCGGUCUGCUUGCCGAGACAGGUUCGCUGUUUCCGAAUGCUCAAUAUAGCUGGAAGAGCGUACCAAGAUCUGGACACGCACUGAUCUUGCAUAAGUCGGCGCGAGAGACUUUGCAAGUGGCUCAUGACUUCUUG